CUCUGCAGUGCAACUGUAACUUAAAGCACAUGAUUUGCUCAUGCAAACCUAAACUUGGGGGUGGAUGAGAAGCUGUCAGCCUCAGCAGGUUUAAAGGGAAGGAACUAACUUCUGAGGAAACUGAACAUUUAAAGCUCCACAAAGAAAGGGCACCGGCUGUGUUUUUCGUUUUCCACCCAGACUUCACUUCUGUUGUUGUUCGCCACGUCUUCAUGUAGAAGUUGUUAUGCAGAAACAAACUGGAUUAAAAAACAGCGUUGGCGGAUUUGGUCCAGUCCAGUCUCUCACAGCUCUGGCUACAUCAGAUCAACCAGCAUCAAGCACAGCAGUGGAUGCCAAAAAAGUUUUCAACAUAGGUACAUCUACAAUCAGCCCAACGGACAAAACAAACAAACCUCUUUAUACACGCCUAGGAGAUUAUAAGAGGGUCAGAGUUCAACGGAAAGACAUGGAUUCAAAACAAGUUUUCAGCUUUAAAUUUCCAGCUACUACAGUCCAGCCUGCUAAUGCCACAGCACUGAGCGCUAGAGACAGUCUCAGCACAGUCAGUUCCACAGAGCCAAAGACAGACAAACCUUUUCCUUUCCCAGGACCCAAGCUGGAAUCUCAGUGGAGAGAUGUGGAGUGGACAGAAGAGCAAAAGACGAGCCUGAUGACGAGUGUCAGCUCCUACAAACCAAGCUGUGAGGAGGUGACUGAGGCCAGGGUUCUCCUCCUUGGCCCGGUCAGCUCUGGAAAAUCCAGCUUCAUCAGUUCUGUCCAGUCUGUGUUUAAUGGAAGAGUCACGAACCGGGCCAUGGUGGGCUCCUCCUCAACCAGCUUCACCAAGAAGUCCUUCAAAAUCCGUGGUGAGAAGCAAAAAGAUCUUACCGGAUUGGUGCUGUGUGAUAUUAUGGGCCUGGGGGAUGGUGAAAUGACCGGACUGACCCUCUAUGACAUCCUGUCUGUCAUCAAAGGUCAUGUACCUGAGGGAUACAAGUUCAGCCCAGAUCAGCCGGUGAGAUCAGAGAGUGUGGGCUAUGUGAAGAGGCCGAGCCUUAAAGACAAGAUCCACUGUGUGGCCUUUGUGGUGGACGCCUCUAAAAUCCUGACCUACCCCAAAGGCCUCAGCACCACUUUCCAACAGCUCCGAGAGCACAUCAGUGACCUGGGUGUUCACCAGGUGGCGCUGCUGACCCACAUAGACAAAAUCUGUCCAGAAACAGCCAAAGAUGUCACCCAGGUUUACACGAGCCGCAUAAUUCAGGAUAUGAUGGGUAAAGCUGGAACUCUGUUGGGUAUGUCCACCUCCUACAUCGUCCCUGUGAAGAACUACUCCUCAGAGCUGGGCCUGAACGUGAACACAGACGUGCUGCUUCUCAGUGCUGUCGACCACAUCCUGCAGUACGCUGAUCUGUAUUUCCAGGACAACACGCCACAAUAUGAGUCAAAGAUAGACAAAAACUUUACAGCCUAAGCUUUUGGAAGUAUACCUUUCAAACAAUAUUAGCAAAGUCAUCAUUUGUGAUAAUUUAUGCCUCAAUGUAAUAUGCUAAAGAGUGGCUCCCAGUGGUAAUAUCAAAGCUUUAAUUACAUAAAAAUGUCACAGUGGGGAUUUAAUCUACCUUAUAAAAUACUACUUUCUCAUGUUUGCUUUUUUUUUUUUUUUAACAAAUUUUGUUGAUAACAGUGUUCUUUGUCUAAUGACACUGGACUGAAUGCAAGAACCAUUCAUGUAAACAGAAUUGUACAUACAUCAGUGGUUUAAGAAAACUUGCUUUACCUAAUGCAGUGGGUAGAAAUGAAAUUUACUUGUGGUCCAAACUUGUCAUACUUGUCACGUACAGAGUCUAAUUUCUUUCAUGUAAGAAUCAUAAUGCUCUUGAUUUCAGUUUAUUAAAAAGUUUACAUGUUAUUGAAACUGAACUUAACAACUCCAAGAGUUGAUGCAAAAUUCUGCUCGCAAUAUCAUCAUGUCUAUCCAAAUUUCUGAGGUUCAACAACUUUAUUUUUCACGGUACUUUCACUGUGGUAGCUGCCCCAGGUUCUUUAUACAAAUCACUGUGUAAACACACACCCUAUAUCACACGAAGGUGUCUCCUCCCUACUGUAAUAUUCUUUUAAUCCAUGACUCCAUAACUCUAUAUCUCCACAACUGGCACAUCUCUUGAGCACCUCGCCUCUAAGUCAUGGACCACUUAGAGCAUUUUCUUUAACCUCAUUUCAAACCAAUGUUAAUUUCUGUCACAGCACUGCUCUGCUGUGUUGUGGAAAUUGCAUGAAUAUCAUCAGUAAUAAACACGCAAAACACCGGA